CGAAUUUGUUUACCCGGUGCUUGGCAAAGGUUAGCCGGACGUCCGAAAAAUUGCGAAACAACCCGUCCUCAAUAUGCCGAGUGAAUCUGCCCAUAUUAAGGUUGUAGCCAGGGUUCGACCUCUGACCCCAGAAGAGGUCAAAAAGGGCAUGACCUCUGUGACAAAGGUUGAAGGUGAUAAGGUCAUUGUACAGCCAGCUGGCAAGAAUGCAACUUUCUCACUUGAUGGUGGAUUUUCUCCAGAUGCAAAGAAUUUUGACAUAUUCAAUGGAAAGGUUGAGCCAUAUGUAAAACGUGCUUUAGAGGGUUACAAUGUGGCUGUCCUGGCCUUUGGAGCUACAGGAGCUGGGAAGAGCUACUUGAUGUCAGGAAUUGAGGAUGACCCAGGCGUUGUACCAUGUUUGAACAGAAGUCUGUUCAAACAUAUUGGCGAAAAGUCUGGAAAGGAGUUUUUUGUGACUGUCUCUUAUGUUGAGAUCUUAGAUGAGGAAAUGACAGACUUGCUGAACCCUCAUACCCGGCCCAUGAAGAUCCGUCAGCACCCCCAUAAGGGCAUAUAUGUGGAUGGCCUGUCAGAGUUGGUGGUCAAAAACUUGGAGGAACUGGAAAGGCUGUAUGAGCAGGGCAACCGAGCCAAGACAGGAGGUGCCACAGAUGUCAGGGCACACAGAGAAAGAGCUCACAGUAUUUUCACAAUCACAGUAGAACAAAAAGAACGCCAGUCCAGUAAGGUCGGAGUUCGGGCACGUCUUCAGCUGGCUGACCUGGCAGGUAUAGAGGCUGGUAGUGAAACAAAGUCAGGGAUGAAAAAAGGGGUAAAGGAGCUGUUAGAGGUGAUCCAGUGCCUGGGGGACAGUAAGAAGAAAGGAGGACAUGUGCCUUACAGGGACUCCCUCCUCACUCGUCUACUACAGGAUGCCCUGGGAGGUAACGCCUUUACCUUGAUGAUUGCUGCUCUAAAUCCAGCUGACAAGCAUCAUCAGGAGACUCUAAGAACUCUGGAAUAUUCUGGGCUGACCAAGAGCAUCAAGAACAGUGUGAAACUCAAUCUGGAUGAUACAAAUGACAUAAUCAGUGAAUUAAGAGCUGAGAUUUCCCGCCUCAGAGACAAAAUCGCCAGUACAUCUGACCCCAGCAAGGAUGAUAUCCUCAAAAUGGAGGAUUUGGUCCAGGAUCUGAAAAUAGCCAAAAAGCAGACUUGGUCAGAAAGGGAGAAAUUGUCUGCACAACUUCAGGAGGAGAGGAAAACUACUUUGUCAAAUAAGGGUCUGUAUGAGUGGGUGAUGGAGAGUGUGAAGAAGGGGAACCGUGAGAUUCAGGAGAGGGUGCUACUACUGCAGAAAGACAAAGAUCAGUUGUCAACACAGUACAAAGAAAAGAGGAAAUUGUUGGAGGAAAUGAAAGACGACCUUCAGAAGAAGAUAACAGACUACUCCAAGUUUGCUGAGAAAGGAAAAGUCAGUGAGUCAGAAACGAAGAAGAAAGUAACAGCCAUCCAUGAGAUCAAAGAGAAGCUGAAACGAGAAAGUGAAACGGUGAAGCAGCUGAAGCAACAGCUGAAAGAUAUCCAGGAGAAACAGAAAGAAGAGAAAGAUGGAGGUACAGCUCAUUUGACAGCCACAAUGGGCAAUGUGGAAGUAAGACAGAAAGUACAGAAGGAGGAAAUGGCUCAGUUGGAGGCUGAGAACCGAGCUUUGAUAGCUGAGGAGCUGGAGAGGGUUAGGGUAGAAGUGGACAACGCCAAGACAGAAAUACAGAUGAGAGCGUCUGAGAAGAAGUCAUACAAUGCCAGGGAAGUGGUUGACCUGGAGACGGAACUGGCAGAGCUGAAGGCAGAAAAACCUCUGAUCACCAUGAAGCUGGAGAUGCUGGAGCGGGAAAAAGCCAAAAUAAGUGAGAAUUUGGACAAUUUGUACCAGUUUCACAAGACAGAGUUAGAAGUACAACAACUGCAACAUUUUCAGACCUUCCGUCAGUACCGUGAGAUGUUCGAGGAGCAGAAAGCAGCCAUUGAACAGCGAUAUCGACAACUUCUUGAAGACGCUGUGCAAGAUGCUGUGUUCCUCUCCUCUAGAAACAGUGAGCUUGUUGAGGAAAAUCAGGAGCAGAGAAGACAACUAGCGGAGAUGAAGGACCGGUUGACUAAGCUUGAGGGACAAUUGAUGUCUGGAUGAUUUUCAAGUGAUCUGUACACAGACCUAUGUGUAUAUCAUCGGCAGGAGUAUGGGAGAUAACUCCUGCUACACUCUGUCUGUCCUGGAUUUGUAUCUCCUUCCUCUACGGGCGCUGUAAUUAGUAUUAUUAGUGGCUGCUUUAGCAGUGCAAUUAUUUUUUAACUGGAAUUGUUACUGUGUAAAGUAAUCCAGAUUGUAUCACAAUUUUCUGUUCAAUGUCAUCAAUAUUUUAAGCAUGCAGAACAUAAUGGUCUCAUUUGAUAAGGAAGGCUUUCAAGACCAUACAUUGGCUGCAGUAGAACAAUGUAUUGCAUUUUACAUAUAUCUUACUAUGUAAGACAGUAUACUGAAUUCCAUGUUUAAAACCAAAAUAUGAGCAUAUUUUGAAUUGCAUAUUCAAAACUGCGAUGAAACCAUUUAUGUUUAGUGGAAAGCAUGUAUCAAAUUUUGUGUCCAAAACUGCAAUAAAGACCAUAUAUUGAUUGCACAUCUAUAACUGCAAUCAGACUGCACAGUGUAUAUGAAAUUGCUUGGUUUAAACUUCACUAAUGUAUUAUACUAUUACUUAUGUGCGUUAAGUAGUCAGAUAUGUUUCAAAAUACAGUAAGUAUUUCAAUUUGUAGAAUUUUUCACCAGUUGCUCGCCCUGCUGUAUUGUGUUUUGUGGAAAAAUCACAUAAAAUACCACCUGGAUUUUCACAAUUUUACUACAAAAAGGUGAUAUUUUUUCGUCAAAAGAUAGGGAAAAUAGGGAGGGUGGGGGGCUGGGCAAUGAAAUAUAUAUUCAGUCUACGACAAACAUUGCUUGUCCAUUCAUGAAAAAGCAAAGACAUUACCGUAACCCAUCCUCCCACAUCAGAUAUGAGGCAGUCAAAUCAUUUUUUGACAUGUGUAUUCUUGUAACAUGCCCUUGUGGUUAAAUUGGCUGAUUAACAUACCAGCGUAUAAUUGUUCUCCAGUGUAAUGGGCCUCACUUCACUCCACUUCAGAAUGUUAGUGUAUAUAAUGACAGCAAAACGUCACGAAAUCAGUGUGAAUGUGUGCCUGUUGAUACGGCUAUAAUGUGUACAUGCGCGUCUCAUUUUCAUCCGAUUAUCAUGUGUAUGAUUGGCCACAGAAUGGCUGAAUGUAGACGUGAUAUGAACCGGUCUAUGUUUACCAUGUUUCAAAUUAUAUUUUCUCUAUUUGGUCAUUUAUACUGUAUACAGGUUUUUAUUUUAAUACAAGAUAUUGUGAUCGUGGUAUUGUACAUAUGUGUCUUCAUUUCCUCUACCCUCAAAGAGUUGUGUAAAUUUUACACUGUAUUGACAUUGUUUCCUGUUAUAAAAAUUAUGUGGAAUUUAUGAUUUAAGAUAAUGCUCUGAUUAUAUAUUUUUUCUACACAAAUGUAUUUGUUUAUGCAAGAAUUUACUUAUGUCUUUUGUUAACAGUUUACCCAUCAUAUCUGCCUGUGAUAGAUAUGUCUACAUUGCCGUCCAUGCAAGAUGUUUUUCUGUGAUACCAAAAUACAUUUGAGAUAUUUGUGACGCAUUGUCUGUUUUUCUGACCUGGUUUUGUUCACUGUAUACAAGUCUUAUCAAUGCCCAUAAAUUUA